AUGAGGACUUUCUGCGAACAGCAUGCGGACGUCUUCUCGAUCUCGGACACGAAGCCUCACUGGCAACUGAUGGUGAAGAUUCCAAACGCCAAUGCCACAACGAAGAAGCUUGCCGCCUAUAUCGGCGACCGCGGAGGCACAGUUGCUCUCGGUGACCUCGAGGUUUGGAAACGUGAGAAUCCAACAGCGGCAAGGACCAUCCACAAAGGAGGACGCUCCAUCAAGGAUUUCUUCGACGGAUGUGCAUGCGCCCAGAGGCUGCUGACAGUCGAAAGUACAUCCGGCAUUGUGACGAAGGUGUCUUUAAAGGCCGCCGAGGGACCUCCCAUGGUCGGUCCCGUGGGCUCAACUGACGACCGUGCUCGUGCAGCUGUCAACCUGGCUCUGUAUCUCCGCGGCCACGGCGGCUCCCUGCUCGCACCUCAAAUCCAUCGAUAUUAUGCACAGUUCCCUAAACACAAGCAAGUCAUCGGCAAGCUCAAGAAGUUUUGCGAAGAGCACGGCGACUUUCUUGUCUAUGAGAACGACCCACACCCUGGCAAGAUUUCUCUGCCCAGGCGCCCUGAGAGCAAGCCGGACAGGAUCUUAGCAGGACCCUGCCAUGCUGCAUCUUUUCGCUCCAAGCCGCCGCCGGCUCCCCCAGAAAUGACAUUGGAAUCGGCCGACCCUGUUGUUUGCAUAGCUGCAAGCCUUGCCAUGUUCGUCCGGAGCCAGGGAGGUUCCAUACCCGGCAGCAACAUGUCUGAGUACUACAAGAUUCACCCAUCACACAAGCAGGUGAUAUCGGACGCGGGUUUGAGGGCAUUCUGCGAAAGAUACGACGGCCUGUUCCUGUUCGAGCCCCUGCCGGGAAGUGGAAAACUGUCCUUAAGGUCCUUUUGCUGCCACUACUUGAGAGGGGAAUGUGUCCAUGCUACUGACCACGAUGGGAAGCUGCACUCUAUGCCAGCCUCCUCUCCUGUUGUUUGUUCUUUCGGCACGAAGUGCAUCAAGGGCCACUGGAAGCGACUGGAGGACCUGGCGAAACGGAGCCUCGGAGCCGUCACAUCGCCAGCUUUCUCAACUACGAAGUUGAAUGUGGCGGAGAUCCGAUGGACUCACGACGCGAUCCGCGUUACCUUCCGAGAUGGCAAGCUGCUCAUGGAGACCCUUGUAGAUUUGCUGGCGGGCAAGCUGCGACCCUCCGACCUCCCGAUGGUGGAAGUGUUGGAGCUGGGUGGCAGCUUCUAUGCUAUCGAAGGCAACCGUCGCCUCUGGAUUUUCAAGGAGCUCCAGGCGAUCACGGGGGAGGCGCUGACGAUCGAGGUCCAAAGUAGAAAGCUGGACGUCAAGGGCUUCACACAAAGCUUCACCUCAAAGAAUGGAGGGCAGUCCGUGGAGUUCUACACCAAGAGCCGGGAAAGGACCUAUCCCAGCAUGAGCUUCGCCCUCGCCGUCUUCUUCGGCCGGGUGCCGAGUGAACUGGAGAUGAGCAUCGGCCGCGAGGUCGCCAAGGCACCCGCUGGAAUGAUGAACGUCGAGGCCCUGGCCGCUGCUCUGUCUCUCGAGGUUGGUCCUGGCUUGGAAUCGCAGCUUCGGCAGCGGCCGGACCUUUUCCAGCUCACCAGGGGCGAGGUGAGCCUGGCCGACUGCAUGACGUCUUUCGGAGUGCUGGCGGCGCAUGCUGCUCCGAACGAUCAGCCGCCUGCAGACAGGCACGAAGAAGCAGAUGCAGCACAGGAGAAGCUGCAGAUGCCGGAGCUCAUAGCAGGCGAAGGGCGGCACUGGGACGAGAGUCUCAGGGAGAUCCUUGAGGAGACCUUGCUGUUCUUGCUGAAGCAAUCGGAGCAAUUCCACAUUGCCUGGUUGGAGUCCGAUUAUCUGGUCUCCCUCGCCGACUGCCCCGGCGCAACCGGGUUCCAACAGCCUCACAGGGUGGACAUCGCCUCGAAUGCCGACGACUCCACGAUUGAGGCUCCGAGCCUUGAGGAGGAGCUUAGCCAUCUCUUGCGGGCGAAGGGGGGCUCGAUCCCCCUGGGGGAGAUGGAAUGGGAGGAGGUGUGCAUGACGCACUUUAAGAACCUGCAAGAAUUGGCGUCUUUCUUGGAAUCUCGACCCCGGCGCUUCUCCGUGCGCUGGGAGGGCACCCAACAGGUGGCUUCACAGAGACUUUUGCUGGAUACCGGAUCGUCUACGCUGGCAUUCUGUGAGCAAAGUCUUCUCCAGCAAACGAUUUACGAGAUGACGGACUUUGUGUCCUGCAACACCUACAACCCAGGUGGCAACUACACAGGGUAUUGGGGGCCUUUCGUGGUCGGCGAUCUCACCGCUGGCAAUCUCUCCAUGCACAACUCCACCUACAGUGUCAUGGCAAACCAGGUCGGUAUGCCAUGCAGCGAUGGCGUUGAAGGGAUCUUCGGCAUUGCUUUCCAGCAGCUUGAUGCUGGCGUGCCCAUCGAGUCUUUCUCGAACUGGAACGACACAGCAGCGUGCCCCAUCAAGAACGAAACGUUGUUGCCGCCACCGCUGCUGCAUCAGCUCCAGGCUUCCGGCGGUGUGGAGAUGCUGGGCAUCUACUGGUCCGGAGACCUCGGAGAAGAGCAGGCGAGGCUCUACAUCGAUGAGGACGUCGUAAACGAGCACUACGAUGCCGAAUCCGUUGUGGGCCCUGUUGCCCUUGGGGAGUUCGGCUGGUUUGACGUCAAUAUUCAGCGGAUCUCCGUGGGUGAUGAGGAGUUUGUCGGCUUCAACUGCACUGGGAGGGCGAUUGGCCAGUGCACCAUGGACACCGGAACCCCUACUCUGUUCUUGCCGCAAGCUGUAGUCAAUCACUCCAGCCAGCUGCUGGAGCAGGGCGAGUCCGGCAACCUCACCAUUUGGCUUGAAGGGGCGUCAGGAGAGGCAGUGCCAGUGUCCUUCGAUCUUGCCGCACUGGGCAACAACUCUCUUGAAGGCAAUGCCCAAGACAGCAGUGACAUUAUCCUCGGAAUGCCUCUGUGGGCCUUCUACUACACGGUCUUCAACAUCACGGGCCACUCCGUGUCCCUGAUCCCACAUCCGAUCGAAGCUGCCGCUGCCAUUCCUUUGCCGGAAGACUUCGUGGCAGAGAACGACCCGAGCUCAG